AUGGAUUUUCGAACAUCCAGCAUCGGUGCAACCGUUCGCCGAUUGGAAGAGGAAGUCGCAGAUGCUAAGGCUACUGUGGCCACACUUGAGGGCGAUUUGGAGAGAACCCAGUCUCGUUUGAACACUGUAGAGGAACAAUACAACGCAGCCCAACUCGAGAACAACAAGCUACGUGCCGAAAUCGACACCCUCAACCGACAGAUUGAUGUGCUAAAGAACACGAACGCAUCGCAAGUGAGCGAAAUCGAGCGUCUCAAGAAGAAGGUCACCCAGCUCACCGAUAUCAACAAGCAACAGACGGAUGAGAUCGAUAAACUCCGAACUGAGCGCGAUCAAUUGGAUAAGGCAUACCGCGAGAAGGCCAAGCAAGUCGAGCAGUUAACCGAUCAUGUGAAGACAUUGGAAAGCCGUAUCGACCGUAUGCGUGCUGAAAUUCAGACUCUGUCU